GGGAGCGCUGUAAUGCGUGUGGUGUUAUCGUGGAUCCUGAAUUCGAUCUCAAAGGAGCUCGCGAACGGUGCUGUUUUCUUUCAAGAUGCUCGGUUAGUAUGGUUGGACCUACAAGAACGCUUCGACAAAGCAACAGGUUCGAGAAUUUUCUUCCUACACCGAGAGAUAUCUUCCCUUCGUCAGAAUUCCCUUUCCGUUUCCAGUUAUUUUACACGCCUGAAAGAACUCUGGGAGGAGCAAUCCUCUCUGGUCCCGAUUCCAUCUUGUAAAUGUGAGACGUCUAGGAUUUAUGGGGAAGUGAUUCAACAACAGAAACUUCUCCAGUUUUUGAUGGGUCUUACCGAAACCUAUAGUCAAGCACGGAGCCAAAUCCUGUUGAUGAGUCCACUUCCCUCGGUGAACCAGGCAUACGCAAUGAUAUGUGAGGUUGAGGCUCAGAGAUCAAUCUCCAACUCAAAUAUCGAAAGCCCAACAGAAGGUAUUGCCAUGAUCGUGCAAGGCAGAGGAUAUGGCAGAGGAAGAGGAAGGGGAAGAGGAAAUUCAAAUUUGGAAUGCUCACAUUGCCAUAAAAAGGGGCAUGUGAAAGAUCAUUGUUACCAAAUUAUUGGUUAUCCACCGGAUUUUAAAGGAAAUAAAAGCAGAGCAGCAAGAGCUGAUAGUGCCAAUCAAGUACAAGUGGAAAAAGAUUCCAGUGCUCAUUCGGCCAAUACAGUGACAACCUCACUCACGCCAGAGCAGUACGAGCGUCUUCUGGAGCUGCUAAGGAAAGAUGCAGACACUGCCAUACAUGCCUUGACUGGGCCUUCAGGAUGGGAAGAAGAAGGCGACUGGUAGUUUGUUUUGUGGUCUGUAUCUCUUGAAUUGUGAUCAGAAAUAUAAUGCAGUUAACACAAUUAGUAAUAGGAAUAAGUCAUGUAAUUCUACUGAUAUUUGGUUGAUACAUAGGAGACUAGGACAUGCUCCUUUAUCUGUAAUGAGGCAUUUGAAUGUUGUACAUGACAAGAAUAUAUCAAUGGAUGAAGCUUGUGAA